UGGCGAAGGCGCAGGCGGGCCCAGGGCUCCGGCAGCUGGGAUGGAGCAGAAGUGCGCCUGGCGCCGCAGGGCACACAGCUGACUCUCCGCGCCACCUCCACUUCGCCUUGCGCCGCCAGACACUGAAGCUGCCUGGACUGAUCGCGCCGGGCAUCCCCGCUCCUCCCGUAGCCCACCCGGAGGAAGAGGAGCUGCCGGUGCCCCGAAGCACUUGGGCAGUCCCAGGAAACUCUUCUCUACUCGGAUCCAGCUCGGUACCGAGCACCGGAGUAACAUGGUCUGCAAGGCGCUCAUCGCCCUCUGCAUCUUCACCGCAGGACUGAGGGUACAGGGUUCACCAACAUCAGCCCCAUUUCCUGUCUCUCACAUGACAAAAACUACAGCACCUAUGUCCACCUGGACUACCUCUGCUCCACACACUGCUAAGGCCACCACCCCUGUAGCCAGUGCCACUCACAACGCCUCAGUUCUCCGCACUACUGCCACAUCCCUGACAUCUCAGCUCCCGACUGAACGUGGAGAAGAAGCUGUCACCAGCCCACCUUUGAAGAGGGAUGUCAACAGCACAGACUCCUCACCUGCUGGGUUCCCCUCAACAAGCAGUGACGUCCACUUGGCACCCACACCUGACGAACACAAUCUUGGAAGUCCUGAAGCAACUGUGCCAGCUACUGGGUCACAGUCACCCAUGCUCCUGUCUUCUCAGACUCCAACCUCAGCAUCUACAUCCCUCGCAACUUCCCCAUCCAAGUCUUUCUCUGUCUCCGUUACCUCUAACCACAGCUCUACUGUGGCCAACAUCCAGCCCACAGAAGCUCCAAUGGCACCUGCAUCACCAACAGAAGAGUACAGCUCUAGUCACACACCCACUUCCCAUGUCUCAGCAGAGCCAGUGCCCAAGGAGAAAUCACCCCAAGACGCUGAGCCAGGCAAAGUGAUCUGUGAGUCUGAGACCACCACCCCGUUCCUGAUCAUGCAAGAAGUGGAGAAUGCCUUAAGUUCAGGCAGCAUCGCCGCCAUCACCGUGACAGUCAUUGCUGUGGUGCUGCUGGUGUUUGGAGCUGCUGCAUAUCUAAAGAUUAGGCAUUCUUCCUACGGAAGGCUGCUGGACGACCAUGACUACGGGUCCUGGGGAAACUACAACAACCCUCUCUACGAUGACUCUUAACAAAGGAAGGUGGCUAAGGACAAGAAAUAACGGUCCUUUAUUUAUAAGUGCUUAUCCAGUAGAAUUAAUAACAAGUACCUGAUGUACACUGAACGACAAUCGCAAGCCCUCUUUUGUUGGUAUGGUUGUUUUCAUUUUUUUUUCCUCCCCUCUUCUGGCUGCUACUACAGAAUGUCCCCUUUCUGAUACAAAAGGACCAUAGCGAAAAGGCCAGUCAAGGCCGGUUUACAGCUGACACGGGCCAUCUUUGCACUGACCAAGCCAGAAUCCACGAGGUGGGGGCUGCAGAGCCCCCGUCAGGGAAACCGCUUUAAAAAGGACUGAGGAAAGGGGCUGGGAGGUGCUUGGUGGUGGAUUUGAUUUAGGGGAUCUUUUGGUUUGGGUUAUUUCUUAAAGUUCUCUACAGGAAAUGACAUUAAAUAUCAGUGAGGAGAAAGGCCUACAUUCCAGGAGGCUGCCACCCUGUGUGGCAGGAGCAGGGGCUUCUUGCUUCCUUUUUAAUCCUUGCUUGUCUGGUUGUAUCUGACGGGAUGCCUACUUAGUCCUGUAAGCAGAUAGACCAUUCUGAGCUGCCUAAUUGAUGAAAGAUAAAAGAGGCCGUGUCCAGGAGGAGAAGGGCAGGCAAGGGUAAAGUAGCCGGCAGGCGGUCAGUCUGCAGGCUCUCAACCUGCUCUCCCCAUCUAGGCCACCCGAAGGCAACAGGGAGCCCAACCCAUAGCUUUCAAGAAAGUUAUAGUUCCAAAAGUGAAGCUGGGAAGUGAGCUCAAAGAACAGACAGGGAGAGACAGGUGGAGCCUAAGGGAUGGGGAAAGAAGGGAGAAAGGAAAACUUACAGGCACCACUAACCCUCUUAAAGCAAGCAGGAGUCAGCUCUCCGUGGUAGUGGGAGACACCUAAGCUUGGAGGAACCCAGAGAACUCUCGCUUCACACCCACAAAGCAGCAACUGCUUCCCUGCCUUGCUCUCCGUAUUGGGUAAUGGCUGUGUGCUAUUCCAAAAACAAAAAGUUAAGAGAGGCACUGCUCCAUCUGCAGCUGCUCACUCAAAGCACUCACUUCCACAGGACGGAGACAUCAAGAACUAUUUGUUUGUUGUCCCUAACCCUUACCUUCCCCAUUCUUCCUUUCAAUAAGUGAAUACCUCCAGGUGUGCAGUCGCAACUCCUAUACAACAAAUUUUGAGAAGUGAUCUUUCUUUGCCAGCAUCUGCUUCUUCCACUUAAGACCCACCAGGAGGUGACUGAGUACUUCUCACCCCACCCACCCCCUACCCCAACUGGAGGGGUCUAGUAGUUUCUUUUUAUUGUCACUUUGUUAGUUGGGAGUGCAGGUAAGGGGUAGAGACUGGAUCCUACUAAACACCCUACCUGGCCCAGGACAACCUUCCACCCCAGAGAACUGCCUAGCCGGAAAUACCAAAGGCUGAGCUCGAGACCAUUCACUGCAAUGCCUUUGUGACCUGAAAAAAAGUAAAAAAUAAUAAUAAUAAAAAAAAACCACUCUGGCACCAGGAAGAACCUUUCAUUUUUAACACAGUGAAACAUCAGUUUCUUUCCCCAUAGUGUCUAGUUUGCUGCCUGAUAGUUUGGCUUCUGGCAGGCACUGUUGUUGCCUCAUAUGUCUGUGUUUCUAGAGAGUCUAUUAAGGGACUACACCGCUAUUCUUUUGUAACAGCUGAUAAUGGCACCUAGCAUUGUAAGUCCUGAUUUCAUGGAGGGGAAAAUAUAUAUCCCAAACUAUGUUACAUUUUCCUAUGACAUCACAGGGAACAACAAACUAUCCAUUUUAAUUCCUCAAGACAGAUCUUGCCCACCCCCAACUCUGUUAAGGAAAAACACUCUCAUACUGCUGUCCUGAACCCCUCUGGUGUAGACUCCACAAACAGGGGUUCCUUCCCAUGACGUACAACCCCAGGUUUUGAAGAAAUUCCUUCCUAAAUCUCAGAAGUGCCAAAAGGAAAGAUCAGUCCUCAAAGGGAGCCUUAAGCAGAGUGAGUAAUGAGGAGUGGGCUUGCAGAAAUUAAGAUAUCCCUGAAUAUGAAACAACUGACAGACACACACAUACACACACACACCCUGCAAGGGUGUGUCCUCUGGCCACACUUGGUGCCUGAACAACUCUCCUUUCCUUCCUACCCUGACCUCUUCACAGGUCUCUGGUUAGGCAAGAGACAAACCAGAACGCACCAAGAUUCUGCAUGUCAUUGUCCUCUGUCAGACAAAAACAUUUUUGACACAUGCCACAAAGCUCUCUAUAAAACACCGUAGGGGAAGUAGACAUCUGCUAUGGCUUCCGGGGUAAAAUAAAUCCUAAGCCAGAGGACCCAGCUUCCUCCCAAGACCCCUUGCCUGUUAGAAACCAAAGGCACAGCAAGAAUUUUUUCCCGUCAGAGGAUGCCAUUGUAUGUGAGCAUGUGAUUGCCAGUGCCCUGAUUAGCUUCUAAGUGCUUUCAGCAAAACACUGAGCAGUCAUCCAACAAGGUGACUGGCAGUGUCCCCUCAAAGCUCAAGAAUGGCCCUAGUGUGCUUGUUACUACAAAGUGUGUGAGUGUGAGAUGGUACUUUGCCAAAUACAUUUUUCUGCUUUUGAAUUGGCCAAAAGGUUUCAGCACAUUUAAUCUACAAACUUUGCUACACACACACACCACACACACACACCCCUCUGAAAUAUAUGCCAAUAUUGAUGUCCUUUACCUCAGGGAGAGUUAGUUCAAGUCUACACAAAGGAAAUUAGUAGUCCCCCUAGGUAGAUCCAAACAGUCGUGCCCCAUGAUGGAUUGGACUGGCCAGAAUGCUUUGGAGAGAAAGUCAGAGCAAAAAGAGAACUGGAGCCUGUUCUCCGUGGACUGCAAACGAUCAAAGAAUGGUAGGCAACUAUGCUUUCUUUCCCCAUGGCCCCGAUGGGCCCCUAUCCUCCCCGCACAGCCGUGUCUUCAGUUAUAAAAUGGGGGUCAUAUUUGCAUAGUGGCCUUACCCUUUCCUACCUCACAGACGUGUUGUGAGGAUUAAUGAAAUUGUGUCUACAGUGUUUUCAGUUUCUGGAGAAAAACUAUUUAUGGACAUUUCAAGUAUUAUGUAGAUAUAUAAGUGAUCUCAGUUUCUUACUGUUAUACUGCUGUGUUGUUUUGACUUACUCUAUAAAACUACAGUUAAUGUCAUGGCCACCUCAAAUGGCUAUCAGAGCUCUGAACUUCCCUCCCGUGCACCUGACUGAUGCAGGCUUAACUGUUCCUGGGACCACAGAAGAUGUCUCCCCGCCAACUGACAAGAUGGUCCAGGACACAGGUCUCAUCAGGAUCCAGGUUAGGAUGUCACACCUGGAUGCCUCGGCACUUCCGGAAGAAGACCUCUGACUUUCAUACCCCGAGGUCAAAGAAGAGUACAUUAUGGUCUGAUGUCAUAUGUUUGCCCUUCAUCUUGCUUGCAAGGGUGCAUGGUUCGAUCCUAUGCAUCUUGGAAAUGAAUUUUGUGAUUGGUCCAGAAGCUAAUUUGCACGUCGGUUCACCUUCUUUGCCUUUAACCUUCUUUUGAGGGCAAGUGGAUGUAACAUUUCAACUUUGAUCUCGAAAGCGUUAGUUCUUACUGACUCAUUGCCAUGUUGAUCUCUUGGAGUACGUUAGCUGAGAUCAUUUGAAGAUGGGAAGGUGUGCAACUCCUUUGAUAUUUGAUGAUGUCGUAUCUACAUUUGUUGUUAAGACAUUGCAUACCAGUUAUAACUCUACCAAUUAAAGUGGUUAAAAGCUUGUGUCUAG